AUGGCUCGCAACCGGUCCGUUUCGUCUUCUGACGACCAGAAUGAGUCUGGCUAUGCCAGCGGUAGUUCCUCUUCGUCACUCUCCUCCGACGUUUACUUUUCCCGUGCCCAUCUGAAGUUCAUCAACGCUCAGCUGUCAAAACUUGAGCCUCAAGAUGUCCUCAGAUGGUGCAUCACAUCUCUUCCGGUCCUGUACCAGACUUCCGCUUUUGGUCUCACAGGCCUGGCAAUCAUGGACAUGAUCACCAAGCUCGACUAUGCCAUCAAGCCACCGAUUGACCUCAUCUUCCUCGACACGCUAUACCACUUCUCGCAGACUCUCGAUCUCGUCGAGCGUGUCAAGGCGAAAUAUCCUCAACUGGUCAUCCACACAUACAAGCCAGAAGGUUGCGAAACCACGGCCGACUUCGAGGCCAAGCACGGCGAGAAGCUGUGGGAAGUGAACGAGGAGCUGUACGACUAUGUCGCCAAGGUUGAGCCUGCACAGCGGGCAUACCGAGACCUUGGGGUACAAGCCGUGCUGACCGGCCGGAGACGGACGCAAGGCGGCAAGCGUGGUGAUCUCGACAUAGUCGAGAUUGACGAUGCGGGUCUUCUCAAAGUCAACCCUCUCGCCAACUGGUCCUUCAAAGACGUACAGCAGUACAUCAAAGACAAUGACGUGCCAACCAACGACCUGCUUGACCAAGGGUACCGUUCCGUAGGUGACUGGCAUUCCACUCAGCCCGUGACCKACAGCGAGGAUGAGCGUGCGGGACGCUGGAAGGGUCGCAACAAGACCGAGUGCGGUAUCCACAACAAGCGAAGUCGGUACGCCAUGUUCCUGCAGGAGCAAGAGCAAAAACGCCAGGAAGAAUUGAGUGAGGCCAUCAAUGCCGGCUUGAGUAUCGAGGCUCCGGCGUGA